AUGGGUGUGAUUUCAAGGCAAGUGUUCCCUGUUUGUGAAAGUCUCUGUUUCUUUUGCCCUGCAUUGCGUGCGAGAUCACGGCAUCCCGGUCAAAAACGAUACGACAGAGAGCUGCUCGCCGAGAUAUUUCCUCGGUCUCCGGAUGAAGAACCAAAUGAUCGUAAGAUCAGUAAACUAUGUGAAUAUGCCUCAAAAACUCCUCUUCGUAUCCCAAGAAAAUUAAAUGCUAAUAUGGGAUUAGUGUUACAGUACUAUGUGAUAAGAGGCAUCAUGUGUUUAGGAAUUCAGAAGUGA